GCAGCCAGCCUCAGCACAGGGGGUCUCCAGCAGAGGGUGAGGGCGGUUGUCUGGUGGGAGUGGGGGCAAGGACACGGCAGCUCCCUCAACCUUCUCUGCCCUUUAGGCUGGAACAAUGCGGACCUCCCCGGCCAGAUUACGAUCAAAGUUUACAGUAUCUGCUUGAGUGCUUACAGUAAACAGGCUGACCCAGUUGGGGCAGCCACGCAGGCACAGUGCAGAGGGCAGAGCCGCUGCAGGGAGCAGCAGUCACGCAGCUUUGACUGUCGAGGGGCUCUCUCUGUGGGGCAGGGGCAUGUCCACCAUGGUGGAGGUCAGGGCGAGCAAGAGGCAGGAGGAACGGGCCGGAGCCCGGGAGCACGUGUGUGCGGUCACCAGGGACUACAUCGCCCAGCCUCGCCUCACCUACCGAACCAUCUCAGCUGUGAACGGGCCGUUGGUGGUUCUGGACAAUGUGAAGUUCCCCCGGUACGCCGAGAUUGUGAACUUCACCCUCCCGGACAAGAGUGAGCGGAGCGGACAGGUGCUGGAGGUGGUCGGAUCCAAGGCGGUUGUCCAGGUAUUUGAAGGGACAUCAGGGAUCGAUGCCAAGCUGACGGCCUGUGAGUUCACAGGGGACAUCCUACGAGCUCCGGUCUCGGAGGAUAUGUUGGGUCGGGUUUUCAAUGGCUCCGGAAAGCCCAUCGAUAAAGGACCUGCUGUCGUAGCCGAGGAUUUCCUGGAUAUAAAUGGGCAGCCCAUCAACCCGCAGGCUCGGAUUUACCCGGAGGAGAUGAUCCAAACAGGGAUUUCUCCAAUCGACGUGAUGAACAGCAUCGCCCGAGGCCAGAAGAUACCAAUAUUCUCGGCGGCGGGUCUCCCUCACAACGAGAUCGCUGCGCAGAUCUGCAGGCAGGCGGGUCUGGUGAAGAAGUCCAAGGCGGUCAUGGACUACAGUGACGACAACUUUGCCAUUGUGUUUGCUGCAAUGGGGGUCAACAUGGAAACCGCUCGAUUCUUCAAGUCGGACUUUGAGGAGAACGGAACUAUGGACAACGUGUGCCUGUUCCUGAACCUCGCCAAUGACCCAACCAUCGAGAGGAUCAUCACCCCGCGCCUGGCACUGACGGCGGCCGAGUUCCUGGCUUACCAAUGUGAGAAGCAUGUGCUGGUCAUCCUGACGGACAUGAGCUCCUACGCAGAGGCGCUGCGAGAGGUGUCUGCAGCCCGGGAGGAGGUCCCUGGCCGGCGGGGGUUCCCGGGAUACAUGUACACCGACCUGGCGACCAUCUAUGAGCGAGCGGGGCGUGUGGAGGGACGAGCCGGCUCCAUCACACAGAUCCCCAUCCUCACCAUGCCCAACGACGACAUCACCCACCCCAUCCCGGACCUGACCGGCUUCAUCACCGAGGGACAGAUCUACGUGGACAGGCAGCUGCACAACAGGCAGAUCUACCCACCCAUCAACGUGCUGCCCUCACUGUCCCGUCUGAUGAAGUCGGCCAUCGGGGAGGGCAUGACUCGGAAGGACCACGCGGAGGUGUCCAACCAGCUGUAUGCCUGCUAUGCCAUUGGGAAGGAUGUCCAGGCGAUGAAGGCAGUGGUUGGUGAAGAGGCGCUGACUUCCGACGACCUCCUCUAUCUGGAAUUCCUGCAGAAAUUUGAGAAGAAUUUCAUCUCCCAAGGUCCGUACGAGAACCGCUCCAUCUUCGACUCCCUGGACAUCGGCUGGCAGCUGCUGCGGAUCUUCCCCAGGGAGAUGCUGAAGCGCAUCCCGGCAAACAUCGUGUCAGAGUUCUACCCCCGGGAGUCCCGCGAGAGCAAGGAGGAGAGUGGGACCCACCUGUGAGAGUCCGCCCCAGACCCCCUGACUCCCCUCCUUCCCCUCCACCCUCCCCUCCCAGAGCACACCCAUUGUCCUGGCCACCACCCUACUCCCUGUGUUACUCCUGGAACAUGGACGUCACCGGGCAGGUGGGCAUUUAUUGCACCAUUGCAGGUGCCCCUGGAGUGGGUGCCUUCCCCAGCCAUUCCAGAGGGCAUUCCGGAGGCAUCCCUCUGGUGUCUGGGAGUCACCUGUCGCCCGACCAGAAAGGAGGACAGAUUUCCUUCCCGGGAGGUCACUCAUGAAGCAGGUGGACCAUGACAACCUGUACAAGUCGUCCUCCAGUUAGAACAUAGAACAUAGAACACUAUAGCACAGUACAGGCCCUUCGGCCCACAAUGUUGUGCCGACAUUUUACCCCGCUCUAAGAUCUAUCUAACCCUUCCCUCCCACAUAGCCCCCCAUUUCUCUAUCAUUCAUGUGUCUAUCUAAGAUUCUCUUAAAUGUCCCUAAUGUAUCUGCCCCCAUAACCUCUGCCGGCAGUGUGUUCCACACACCCACCACUCUCUGACAUCCCCCUUAUACCUUCCUCCAAUCACCUUAAAAUUAUGCCCCCUCGUGUGAGCCAUUAUCACCCUGGGAAAAAGUCUCUGACUGUCCACUCGAUCUAUGCCUCUUAUCAUCUUGUGCACCUCUAUCAAGUCACCUCUCAUCCCCCUUCUCUCCAAAGAGAAAAGCCCCCGCUCGCUCAACCUAUCCUCAUAAGACAUGCUCUCCAAUCCAGGCAGCAUCCUGGUAAAUCUCCUCUGCAGCCUCUCUAAAGCUUCCACAUCCUUCCUAUAAUGAGGCGACCAGAACUGAACACAAUACUCCAAGUGUGGUCUAACCAGAGUUCUAUAGAGCUGCAACAUUACCUCGCGGCUUUUGAACUCAAUACCCCGACUAAUGAAGGCCAACACACCAUACGCCUUCUUAACAACCCUAUCGACCUGCGUGGCCACCUUGAGGGAUCUAUGGACAUGGAGCCCAAGAUCCCUCUGUUCCUCCACACUGCUAAGAGUCCUGCCUUUAACCUUGUAUUCUGCCUUCGAAUUUGAUCUCCCGAAGUGUAUCACUUCACACUAAUCCAGGUUGAACUCCAUCUGCCACUUCUCAGCCCAGCUCUGCAUAUCCUUUUGUAAUCUAUGGCAACCUUCUACACUAAGUUACACAAGAUCUUGCAACAGAGUUAGGCCAUUCGGCCCAUCGAGUCUGUCCUGCCAUUCAAUCAUGGUUGUUUUUUUUCAACCCUAUUCUCGCACCUUCUCCCUGUAACCCUUAACCCCCUCACCAAUCAAGAAUCUAUCAAUCUCUGCCUUAAAUACACCCAACGACUUGGCCUCCACAGCCGUCUGUGGCAACAAAUUCCACAGACUCGCCACCCUCUGGCUGAAGAAAUUCCUCUUCGUCUCAGUUCUAAAGGGACGUCCCUUUACUCUGAGGCUGUGCCCUCGGAUCCUGGACUCUCCCACUGAUGGAAACAUCCUCUCCACGUCCGCUCUAUCCAGGUAGGUUUCAGUGAGAUCCCCACUCAUCCUUCUGAACUCCACUGAGUACAGACCCAGAGACAUUGAACGCUCCUGGACCAUUACACAAGGGCUCUGUUCCUGAGAACUGUCCCUAAUCCAAUGUCUCCCUAAGUCAGAAACAUCCAUUCUCUGCAGCUACCCGUGUUGUAUCGCGCUCUAUGUACUUGACAUGCUUCUUUCAUUUCAUUGAAUAAUCAUGGAACACAGAACAGUCCAGCACAAGAACAGGCCCUUCAGCCCACCAUGUCUGUGCUGACUGUGAGGCCAAUUUAAACUGCACAUCUGCCUGCACAGGGUCGGUAUCCCUCCAUUCCCUGCCUGUUCAUGUGUCUGUCUCAGUGCCUGUUAAACAUUGCUAUCAAAGCACCUUAACACCACACAUAAUUAAACAAGUGUAAUCGUUUGUUCUCCCUGCCCGACAGCACAGUGGGAUCACCAGAAGGACUUCAGUAGUUGAAGAGGGCAGCUCACCACCACCUCCUCAGGGGCAGUUAGCGACAGGCAAUAAAUGCUGGUCUUGCCCAUGUCAGCCACAUCCUGAGAAUAUAUCUUUUUAAAAAGCCACACCAGGGUCCUUCUGAGCCCCCCCAGCCUGUAUCCCCGCCUCUGAGCCCCCCCAGUCUGAGUAUCCCCGCCUCUGAGCCCCCCAGUCUGUAUCCCCACCUCUGAACCCCCCCCAGUCUAUCCCCACCUCUGGGCUCCCCCAGCCUGAGUAUCCCCACCUCUGAGCCCCCCCAGUCUGAGUAUCCCCACCUCUUGAGACCCCCCAGCCUGAGUAUCCCCAGCUCUGAACCCCCCCCCCCAGUCUAAGUAUCCCCACCUCUGGGCUCCCCCAGCCUGAGUAUCCCACCUCUGGGCUCCCCCAGCCUGAGUAUCCCCACCUCUGUCCCCCCCAGCCUGAGUAUCCCACCUCUGAGCCCCCCCAGCCUGAGCAUCCCUGCCUCCGAGCCCCCCAGCCACAGGGCUGUGGGACUGCAGUCACCGACAGGCCCAGACCCCAGUGAACCAGCUCUGGGCUUUUCCAGCCUUGUGGCCCCUUCUCUCUGGGAGGUGAUGUUGGCACAGUGAGCUCUCAGGAACAAGCGGUGCUGCAACACAGUGAUGACCCUCCCUGGGACAAUGACACCCCACCACCACCCCCAUCAAUCCAGCCCACCCACUCUUCCUCAGAAUGUUGAUGUGCUUUAAUCGGACGGAUUUUGACAUCUGAAUAUAUUUGAGUUGAUUCUUUGUACUGAAUGAAGCAAAGCUUAGAGUUACAAUUCCAAAUGCCACUGAUUUCAAAUCUGCUCAUGUUAUUUUUGAUCACACUCUCUAUGUAACAACUAAUAAAGCCCUUAAGUGUG